GAAUUUGAGUGGUUCUCUGCUUCCGACACGUACGUGGGGGAAUGAGUCCCUAGCAACCCGGGACCAAGACUGGCUGGCUCUUUGGGUCCGUUCAAACCAAAUCGAUUGGCCAGGAGCUAAUCGAAAGGACGCCAGCACUCGUGUUUUUCGAGCCGCACCACCUUGGAUUAAUAAUACCCCAUAUCCUGUAUACUGGACUCCCGCUGGCUAGCCUAGCUAGCCAAGCAUUCGGCGUCCCAAGAGCAGUGCCUUCAGAACGCUCUUCAGAACAUGCUGUGGACUUGAAAAAGUCUCAUUGAGGCUCUCCAGCAACACUCAAAGCCAUCUCUGGCCAAUGGCUUGACGAGGAAAGUACAGGUAGCUCCCUCAACCUCAUCAUCUUUUUGAAUGAUUCGGCAACCUUCCCUUGAUCCCAACAUCUUUGUUGCUACCGACAGCUGGUUCUGGCUGCAGGCUGAAGUUGUAAGACCAGCUUUCAGCAACUGAAGGCAUUCACAAUUCCCUAUUGAAGAAAGUCACUUUUUACGCAUUCUUGUGCCGCGAGCAAACGCCGCUUUGUGUUGACGUGUUGACCAGACACGAUCCUUUGAAGCAGUGCCUCCUGGUAGAGUUGCUUAGUAAGAAGACCAUCAGUAGACUACUGUACGUAAUUACCACCAACCAGUAACCCACAUCCACGGUGCGGACUUGUGGAACACUUCAGUGAAGAACUACUAGAUAAACUGUGUCAGAGAGUUGCCCCCAAUGAAACAAUCAUAGGAUACCGGUAGAACAAGAAUUGGCCUUACUAGCUAUUGAAUAAUGCAAGGAAGACCAAGAGGGUUCAAUUAUGUGUACAUUGGAUGCAUUUCCAGCUUCAUAUAUUGCGAGAGAGAGGGUACAUGUACCAUUAUUGGUGUUGUUGCAGGAAUGGGAACUGGUUGGUGAAUAAAGCUCGCGGAAUUGAGGUAAUUGUGAAAUAGCGGAAGCUGCGGCGUGGCAGGCUCCAGACAGCCCUCCCUCCUUUCUCUUCUCUCCGUGGCCAGCCACUCAGCCGCCGCCGCAGCAGCCACCAAUCGUGCGGUGCUAAGCCAAGCAGCAGAGCAGCAAGCAGCAGUGGACACGACAGGACCGCCAUCUCCCCUCCAUCUUUCUCUCCGUUUGUUGGUUGUUGCUAGCUUGUUUGAAAGUGAGUUAGUCUGCCGCGGGUCUCUCGUUUCCUCUCUUUUUUUUCUUGUGGUAGACACGACAACAACAGCAACAGCAACUCCGCAGCACCACCGUAGCACCAACAGUAGCUAGCAUCCUACAUUGGCACCAUCUAUUAUAGCAGCAGUGAACCCGCUGAUGCUAGAAUCCGAACGUUCUCUUGCCAGCAAUGAAGAUGAAAAGACGCUAACAACCACACCAACAGCAUCAAUCAAGGAAGAGAGCAGUAGUAGCAGCAAAGAGACGGAGCACCCUCGCGUGACGCCGUCGUUGAGCAGUAGUAGUCCUAGCAAGAAAGGCGAGAAGGAGGAUGAAGACGUAAACAACACGACAACUAACAAGACGACCAACGGAGUACAUAGCAAGACAAACGGCAGUAGUAGUAGCAGCGCCAUGGACACUACGCCUGUCAAGAAAGAAGAGGAUGUCGAAAUGGAAGAUGCCGAAGAAACGAAAAAAACAAAUAAAAAUAACACCAAUAGCAGCAAUGACACUUCCACAAAAGACAACAACAAGACAGCCACUCCCAAGUCACCCAAACAGCAGCAGCAACAACAAUCUACUGACGAAGAAAAAAAGACAGAUGACAAGGCCAAAGCUGGCGCCGCAGCCAAUGGAACCAACAGCAACAGCAAGACGGCAGCAGCGCCUCCAGCUUCCUCCAAUCCUCCUCCUCCUGUCUUGAAGGGAACACUCUCCUACAAUCUAGACUUGCGACGACACAUGAUCCGAGGAAUGUGGAACUACGAGAACUCAAAUGCCUUUCCUCCUCAACGCUUUGAGUUGGUCAGGACACUAGACAAGGAGGAGGAUCCCAAAGAGUUGCCCAAGGAUGGAGAAUUCCACGGAUCCUUCAGUUUGGCCUAUUUCCACACAACCUCCAAGGGAAAGCAAAAGGAACGCAGCAAAGUGAUUACGGAACACGGAGUCAAAAUCACAUUUACCAAAAUUGAAGGCGUAGAAGACGAAUUCAAAGUCGAUGGAAAGGGAACCAACCAAUUCGGGAUCUUUCACAUCAAUGGCACUGCCAAGCCAAGCAUGCACGAUGGAACUCCCGAGUAUAACAUUGUACUCCGCAAGCGAUACGAACCUUCCCAACAACCUGCUGCUGGAUCCGAAGAAAAAUCUAGCAAGAAACGAAAGAAUAUGGACGAAAAUGCAGGUCAGGACAGCGCCAAUGCUCCUCUGCCUCCUCCCUCCAAAUCAUACCCCAGUGGCGUCGUCUGCUUGCGGGGGACGCUAAAGAAGGACGGCUCGGAGGAUCUGGGGGCUACCGAUGUAGUACACCGAAUAAACGGAAUGUGGUCCUCUGGUCUGGAUCUCAUUCUCGCCGAUCCACAGAACGUCGGUGGGCUUUGCAAUCGAUUCGAGUACGAACACAAAAGUGCCGUUCCAAACUCCGCGUUCCCCGUAUCAGGGCGAUACAGUGGAUGGUUCCAUCUCAACACCCCAGAAGGCAAACGAACCACCAUUACCGAAAAAGACGUCAACCUUCGGUUCAUCAAGAACAAUGCAGGCUACCACAACGUUGAAGGCCGUGGUUUCAAUGUGUUUGGGAAAUACACAAUCUCGGGAACCUUGAGCAUGGAAAAUGUCAUUACCAUUUUUCGACAUUUUAAAGCCAUCAAGCAAAAGACCAAGACGCCCCCCGUCACAUCGGCUCCUCCUCCCAUUAACAAGGGAGGACAGUCGGCGGCGUCACGAAAGCAACAUGCAUUCCCGGAACCGCGCUUGAUGAUGGAUGAGGUCAAGGUUCCAGGUGACGAUAAUGGAGAAGUGCUACCGCCCAUCACGCCGCCGGAGAACACCACCUAUUCGGCCGUCUCACAAGGAGUACUCCGCAUGAACGAUGAUGGGUCUCAUCAGUGCACUGGUAAAUGGGCCGUCACAAGGGAACACUUUAAUGGGGGACAAACGAGUCCGUUCAAUUUCAGACUCGAACCCCAUUUUGCUUUGGAAGCUGUCAAUGACAAGAAACGCAAGGAGGGUAUCAAGGUCGAGGAGAACACGACUGGCGCUCCGGUGGUGCCGCAAGAAUUUCCGUUGGACUCGGCACUCUACAAGGGCUCGUUUCAUCUAAAGAAGAAGGGCAAUCGGUAUGAUACCGUUGUCGAUCAACAAAUUGUUAUGAAAUUCCGCAAGAGCACUUCCGGCGCCUACAAUGUCUAUGGCAGAGGUGUAAAUGGUAUCGGCGUUUUCAACCUUAUCGGGACUCUGAUCAUGGUGGGCAAGACGUCUGGCCGGGUGGAACUGUAUAGAAUUUAUCUUCCUGAAUUGCUCACUACCAAGAAGGCUGCUACCGAUACGGUAGCCCCUGCUGCUGGAGGACCGCAUGGCGGAAAGGGUUUGGUGUUUCCCAAGCCCGCAGCAGCCACCGAAGUGGCACCCCUCCCAGACGCAUCGAUCCCCAAGGCACAGCUCGUGCCCAGUACUUCGACCAUCCUUCCGGGUCCUCCAAGAGGCGGAUUGGCUCGACGAGAAUCCACGCGCCUCGUCAAGCUGCCAUCGAGAUUGGAAGACGAUGACCCGAAAGCACAGUUGGCACGAAUAAUGGAGAAGUGCGUUGUGAUACUUCGCCACAUCCGGGACAAGGAUGGGGCGCUAGGUGCAUUCUUUAAGGACCCUGUCGACCCGAUCGCCCUGGGGAUCCCGACCUACACCCAAGUGAUCUCUGAGCCGAUGGAUUUGGGUACCGUCGGUCGGAGACUCGAAGCCAGUCAAAUAGAUACGCCAGAAGAGUUUGCUCGGUUGGUACGACUGACGUUCGAAAAUGCUAUCACAUUCAACGUCGAUCCCAACCAUUCAGUUCAUGUUGCGGCGCGCAAUCUACUGGUCGAAUUCAACAAGAAAUUCCGAGACAUUGAACGAAUCCUGGAGACUAUCCGGAAAACCCACAAACCGACCGACCUCCUUGAUGAGAAGGGCAAGAAGAAGAAACCGGGCAAAGACGACAAGAAGCGAAAACGUUCUGACGAACCCAAGAGCCUCAAACGUCGACGAUUAGAAGAAGCUCAGGCCAUGUCUGCUGCCAAUGCAAAUGCCAUGGCCGCUAUUGUUGCCGCCGCUCCCACUGGAGUUCCCAACGCCGCCGUUUCUCGUGGAGAAUUCAACAUGAUGAUUCACAUGAUUCAGCUCCUUCAAAAACAAAUUGUACAAACCCACAACGCCGUUGCCGAACUGUCACCAGGGGACGAGACGGACAACGCUGCCCCCACCGAAGGCAUUGCUGCUCCUGCGUUCGACGCGGUAGCUUCGCUUGUGGGACCUGCACCGGCAGCAGCCAAGGGAUCGGCGCCCGAACGAAAGAAGCCCAAGAAGAAAGCUGCAGAACCAGUCAAAAAGGCUCCUGCGCCUGCUCCCUCUCCUCCUCCCCCUCCUGCGCCAGCUCCAGCUCCUGUGUACGAAGAAGCUAAGCCCCUCACACUACAGGAGCAGGAGACACUCACCGAAACAAUCAACAAUAUGUCCGGCGAUCAUAUUUCUGGUGUCAUCCAAAUCAUCCGAGAGUCUAUGAUGAUUGGCGACGAAGACGAGAUCGACCUCGAAAUUGAUCAGUUGGACGCCGUUACCCAGAGGAAGCUUCUCCGCCACGUUUCAAAGUUCAUAAAGCCAAAGGGAGCAAAGAGAAAGACUACCAAAAAGUCCAAGGGAGCGGCGCCUGCUCCAGCUCCUGCUCCGCCGCCGCCACCAAAGCCCAUUCCGAAAAAGUCCGACAAGCUCCCACCCAAGAAGCCCCAGAGCCCGAAGAAGUCAGAUCCCGGUUCGUUCUUUGCUGCGUUUGGUAGCAAGGAUGACAGUGAUUCUGAUUCAGAUGACGACGAGCCAGCAAAACAAACAGCGGCAACCACACCGACGGGAAAGCAGUUGUCUGCCGCGGCGUCGUCCAAGUCGGACGGCGGAUUCGACCUCGGCGAUAGUUUUACGGGUCUCCACGACGAAGAUAAUGAUGAUGAUCUUGGCAGUGGAGGCCUCGCAAUGAAUUGGAACAUCUCCAAAGCUGUUACGGAGAAGGAAGAGAAGGACAAGGGUGGCGACGAUGACGACUGGGGCGCGGCACGGGGUGCUAAAGCCAAGAAGGAUGCCCAAGAUGCGGAUCGCAGGAAGCGCGAAGAGAAACAAAAGUUGGAAGCUGAAAAGGCCAAGGAAGAGCGCUUGGCGGAAGCGGCGGCCAAGAGCGCAAAACUCAAGGCCAAACGGGAGGAAGAAGCCGAGGAGGAAAAGAAGAGACAAGCGGAGAAAGAGAAAGCAGAAAAGGAAGAAGCUGAAGCAACUCGUGCAAAGAUGCGAGAACAAGUUGGUGCUGUGGAACAGACAGUUGACCUUGAUGCCCAACGGGAUCUAAUGAAGCAAUACGAACAGAGCUUCCUGGACAAGGAUCUUGGCGGCGGCAGCCCGUCAUCAGAUUUCGGAUUCUGAAUGUUAUACAUGAUCUUGUGUGUGAGUGAUAGAAAAAAAUUUAUGUGGGUGAUCGAAAUCGGACGACGGAGGGCUGCGCGGAAGGAAGACGAGAAAAACAAGGUUUGCUUCUGGAAUGGAACAGCACACUUGAAGAAGAACUGUGCAUUGGGAUGCUGUUGUUCCGGAGCUAGAUAACCAUGGUCAUAAAAAGGGGCUAUCAUUUUGAAAUGGCCAUGUUGCACGCCACGCUCAGUGAGCUGUUGCAGCUAGCUACCGGUAGGCUUGGCGCUGUGUAAGCAGACGCCAAACUAAUGUAUGUAAUAUUCUGAAUUUCCUCC